CAGUGCCCGUAGGCUUUGAUCGUAAUAGAUAAAAAAAAAAAAGAUGGGUUGGUGGAAGGUGGAAGGCGUUGCGUACAAACCCCUUGACGACGCUGAUUUCGACAGUCGCAGCGAUCAAAUGUACAUCUCUCCCGAUGUUAAAGCACCGAGAAUGGCAGGUGUAUUGGUGAAGAUCUUCGCCUGGUUUGUGGAGGUCCCGGUUCUGGGUAUGUUGCUGGUAUAUUUUGUUAAGAGGAAAAACUUCAUCAAUAAGUUCGUAACGGAGGCACGGCUCGAGGAAUCACCCAUGUUCAUUCCUUCUCACUCCUUUCAUCAUGAUUUCGAAGAAAAACAAGUGAAAAACGUAGAUCACGAUUCUUCCCCUUCAAAACGAGUGAAAGAAGCUGUAGAUUGCCUGCCUUGGGACACAAGAAACUCAACGGAAGGGACAGAAGUUGGGUUUCGCCACUGGACAGUACUUGACUAUGCAAGAGCCUAUUCCUCAGGAGACAUAACUCCUACGAUGGUUGCCGAGAGGUUUAUAGCAUCCGUUAAAGAAUCCGACGGCUCGAAUCUGGAAAUGUCGUUCUUCGUCAGCUGUGAUGCGAGCGACAUUCUGAAACAAGCUAAGGAGUCAACUCUCAGAUAUAAAAAAGGAGAGCAAAUCUCUGUUCUUGAUGGAGUUCUUGUCGCUGUCAAAGACGAGAUCGACUGUCUUCCAUAUCCAACCACAGGAGGAACGAAGUGGCUGCAAAGAUUCAGACAGUGCAGUAGGGAUGCAUGUUGCGUUGAGCGGCUAAGGCAAUGUGGAGCCAUACUCGUAGGAAAGACAAAUAUGCACGAGCUUGGCGCUGGAACAAGCGGCAUCAAUCCUCAUUACGGGGCAACAAGAAAUCCGUACAACAGAGUUAGGAUUAGCGGAGGAUCUUCAAGUGGGUCUGCUGCCGUCGUGGCUGCGGGAUUGUGCCCAGUUGCCCUCGGUGUCGAUGGCGGAGGAUCUGUGAGAUUGCCUGCAGCACUUUGCGGCAUUGUUGGAUUUAAACCGACCUUUGGCCGUAUUCCGCAUUCGGGAGUCAUUCCUUUGAACUGGACGCUUGGAAUGGUCGGAGUUCUUGCAGCCACGGUAGAGGACGCGUUCAUCGUAUACACAGCCAUUAGCGGUCAGCUUCCAUCAGAAGAGCCGAUAACUUCACCGCGGCGAUUGUCGUUUCCGAUGCUGAACUCAACGACGGGAAUCACAGACAUCCGACUGGCAAAAUAUGAAAAGUGGUUCAAUGACUGCAGCAGUGACAUAAGACUAUGUUGUUCCGAAGCUCUGCUUCGGCUCUGUGAAAACUACAACUGGAAGACCGUCGAGGUGUCGAUACCAGACAUAGAAGCGAUGCGUCUUGCUCACUAUCUGACUAUGGGUACUGAAUGUAUCGCUUCGCUCAGCUCAUAUCUCGGGAAAAUAAACUACUCCGAACUUGGAUGGGACGUGAGAGUGGCUCUCGGUUUAUAUGGCGCUUUCAGCGGCAAAGACUAUGUGAUGGCUCAGAAAAUGAGGAACCGUCAGAAGCAAAUUCAUCGGAGAAUAUUUGAGAAGGCCGAUGUUAUCGUUGUGCCGACAACCGGUGUAACUGCUUACCCGAUUCUGGAUGAUGCUCUUCAGACAGGUGAACUUGACUACAUCAACGGAGCUGCACUGGUUCAGUAUCAGAUAGCCGGAAAUUUUCUCGGGUUACCCGCUGUAACUGUUCCGGUUGGAUACGACAAAGACGGUUUGCCAAUCGGUAUUCAGUUCAUAGGGAAGCCUUGGUCUGAAGCAACACUUAUUCAUCUCGCGUUCGCGAUGCAGGUCUUGUGCCGGCAAGACUGCAGAAAACCGGAGGUUUACUAUGAUCUGCUCAACAAUAACUAAUACAGCGGAGAGGUUUGUGUUGAAAACGGUUGCCUGUCUGAAAAUAAGAUUGUGUUUCGGCCCAUCGCAUGAAAACACUCGGACUAUGUCCCUUUAUAACAUUCAGAUGAUGCUCGUGUUUCUGUUCUAAGUCCUGCAAAGUUGCAAACUUGUAAUACGUAGAUGCAACAUACCCCGAAAGUAAAUAAACCGAUAUCUGUAAGCAACAAGAAGGCAGUUGAUGAGAUGAAAAGGGUAUUAUUUUUCGA